CAGAAGAAGUCUGCAGCUGUCUGCAAGAUGGCGGAACGGGGAAGGGAUCUGUCUGGCCUCGUCAAAAGAAUAAAAUAAUUUAGAUUAGCUAGUUUAGGGAAGAAAAUGGAGUAAAUAAAAUAUAGCUCUGACGGAGGAUUCGCCAGUGGAGGAUUCGCAGUGCCUAGAUCCGAGUAAUAUAAGCUGAAUGCAUUGUGAUUUCCAAUAAUUUAGACAGUGAUUCUAAAAAGCUGUCUACAUUAAUGAAAAGAACAAUGUAGUCAGCUUAGCAUAUUCAACACUGGUACAUGGUCAACACAGGGAAGUUGUUUCGUUCGAAAUCUUGUGUACAAUGUGCUUCUGCAUGCAUUUUAGCUAAAAGCUUAUGAGAACAGGUUGCCAAAACAGAGUCAGGGUGACCCAUAGAUAAUUUGUUAUAUUUAGGGAUUCAUAAGACAGUCAACAUGGAGAUAGAUGAUAUAUUACCCCCCUUGCCGUUGGAGCCACCUGAUGAUUUAAACUCGGAGGGCCUUAAUGGUAAAGCGCAGCCUCCACCACCUCCCCUGCAAACGUCCAGUGACGCAGAGGAAAUGGACGUUAGCUCUGGUGGUGAUGGACACACACACACCCCAGCAGGGGACCAGGGCCUGGGGCUCCUCGCCAAGGGCUCCAUAACCUUAAGUAAUAACCUGUCAGAUGAGGCCGAAUCCAGCGCACCGUGCCCUAGAACAGCCCGCCACGCGCCCCCCAUCACCAAGUUCCUGCCAGAGCUCAAGUUACUACAAGACAUUAAGAUCAGUGUCAGCGUCGUAGAUAGCAGCAGGAGCAAAGAUAGGAAGGUGCUGUACACAGGGAUAGGUCAGGGUGGUGGUGUAGGGGAGACCAGCUCAGAGGGCCUUAAUGGUGAGUUGCAUGAUGCCGAUACAGAGCUAGAGGCUGUUGAGGGUAGCUCAGGGCUGGGGAACGGGACGGUCGAUGGCAGUGCAGGGAGGAGAGGGGCGGAGGCAGACCUGGAGAACAAAGUGGAGUUUGCGGUGUUGGACGAGCUGGAGGACUUCAGUCAGGACUUCCUGCAUACGGAGAAUGUGGAGCAGGGGGGUUUCAGGUCUGAGGAAAUGGUUCAACAGGAGAACGCUGACGAGGAGAACCUGAAUUACUCAUAUGAGGAGGACUUCGACAAUGAUGUAGACGCUCUGCUGGAGGAGGGCAUGCCCAUGCCCAAAAAGAUGCGCCUGGCAGAGGGGGCUGCUGAGUAUGCAGGGGACAGUGACCAUGCGUCGGACGGGGAGGGAGGCGUUCAGCCCAUGAUGACCAAAAUUAAAACAGUCCUGAAGAGUCGUGGGCGUCCACCCACUGAGCCACUACCUGAUGGAUGGAUCAUGACAUUCCAUAACUCUGGCAUUCCAGUCUACCUGCACAGAGAGACCAGAGUGGUGACCUGGUCCAGACCUUACUUCCUGGGGACCGGGAGCAUCAGGAAACACGACCCUCCCACCAGUAGCAUCCCCUGCCUGCACUAUAGGAAGAUGAAGGAUCAUGAGGAAAAGCAACAGAACGGAGAGGUGACGCCCAACGCUGAGGUGUCUCCGGUGAAGCCUGGGGAAGAGGCAGACUCCCUGGAGAGACCAGACGAGCCUGACUCCACGGCCCAGGAGGACCCUACCACUGUGGCCCUGGGUCUGAGCCUGGGGGAGGGAGAGGCGGAGUUGGAGACAGGACUGGUCACAGAGGGGACCAUGGAGAGGUGCCCAGUCCCGCACGGCAAGAUGCCCCACUCCUGUGAAAUGGCCCAGGGGGCACUGGGACAGUUCAGGGCCAAGGUGGAGGUGUGCAAAGAUGAAUCCAUAGAAAUUGAGGAGUUCCGCAGCUACCUGGAGAAGUGCUUUGACUUUGAACAAGUGACAGUGAAGAAGUUCCGUACCUGGGCAGAGCGCAGGCAGUUUAACAGGGACAUGAAGAGGAAGCAGGCCGAGUCCGAGAGACCCAUUCUGCCUGCCAACCAGAAACUUAUCACUCUGUCUGUAUCAGAUACCCCCACCAAGAAAGAGUUUGUCAUUAACCCAAAUGGGAAAUCUGAAGUUUGCAUCCUACAUGAAUAUAUGCAACGUGUCCUAAAGGUCCGACCUGUUUACAACUUUUUUGAAUGUGAGAACCCAAGUGAACCCUUUGGCGCCUCAGUCAUUAUAGACGGUGUGACAUAUGGCACAGGAACUGCAAGCAGUAAAAAACUUGCCAAGAAUAAAGCUGCUCGCGCCACACUGGAGAUCCUCAUCCCUGACUUUGUGAAGCAGACGUCUGAGGAGAAGCUGAUAGAAGGGGAUGAACUGGAGGUAUCAGCCUGCCAAUCAUUGUAUUUUAAUCAUAUCAGUAUUGAAGAUUCAAGGGUGUACGAACUAACCAAUAAAGCAGGCUUACUCUCGCCAUAUCAGAUUCUACACGAGUGCCUUAAGAGAAACCAUGGAAUGGGUGACACCAGCAUCAAGUUUGAGGUGAUCCCAGGGAAGAACCAGAAGAGUGAAUAUGUGAUGACGUGUGGCAAGCACACUGUGCGUGGAUGGUGCAAGAAUAAGCGCGUGGGGAAGCAGCUGGCGUCGCAGAAGAUCCUACAGAUGCUGCACCCCCACGUGAAGAACUGGGGGUCACUGCUCCGCAUGUACGGCAAAGAGAGCAGUAAGAUGGUGAAGAAGGAAAAUUCAGAUAAGAGUGUGAUUGAACUUCAGCAGUAUGCCAAAAAGAACAGGCCAAAUCUUCACAUCCUGAACAAACUGCAAGAGGAGAUGAAGAAACUGGCUAAGGAUAGGGCAGAAACCAGGAAGAAGCCCAAGAUGACCAUAAUGGAGUCGGCCCAGCCUGGCAGUCAGCCGCUCUGUACUGUUGACGUCUAGGAACUAUCACUGCAACCAACCUAACAUGGCACUGACCAAUGGUAGCCAUAGUCACUGUCAGAUAAACCACGCCACCAAUCUAUCAUCCAAUUAUGCAUCAUUGUGAAAUGGCAAUACAGCACAUUUAUACUAUAAAGGUGGUCAUCUUAGCACUAUUUCUCCAAGCUGUUUAUUAUUUGACCCCCAAGGUGUUUUUGGUUCAUUGUUAGUGGAUCAGGUAAGAAUAGGACAGAUGCACUAACAGUCAGACCGACAGUCGAGUGAGAACCAUCUACCUCUAGAUGCGAUCUCUACGCAGCUUCUAUAAAUUGAACCACAGGGGUUGCAGACAGACAGGUUGAGAUGACUUGACAUGUAUCUAUGAACCACAGCAAUUUCUGUCAGCCUGUUUAACUGUGUAGUAAUGACUGCUGAAAACCACUAGACCCCAACCC